AUGGAAAUUCUUCCGCCGUCAACUACCCGUCAGCCGGCUAUUCCGGGCCGGCCGGAACAAUCGGAGGAGUACGCAUGGGUUCCAGGUCUAAUCGACGCGGCGACGAUCGAGAAGCUUGAACGCGUGGGGAUGGCAUGGGGCCCGCUGACCGGCCUCCCCUGGGGAGCUCCCAUCCCUUUGCUUCUCCUCACAGCCUUCUGCACCACUCUGCACCGAUACAACCCCAGGCGGAGGGAUUUUCCCGUGGGAGUGUCCUUCGGGUGGUACAUUCUGCAGGCGGAAGACGCGGACGAUGAGCCGCCGCCAGCGGAAGCGCAGAAGGGCGGGGGAGGGGGAGGGGGAGGCGGGGGGAGGGGACACCGGGACGGGGGCGCAGGCGGUCACCGCCAGUCGCUUUUCUCCGAUAGUGAGUACUCCGAUUCCGAGUUCGAGUCGUCGCGCCAGGCCACGCGGCUGUCCGCGAUAGGCGGCGGAGGAGGAGGAGCUCCAUCGGGAGGAGCGCUAGGAGCGGCGGCGCGCGCGGCGUACCAGUCAUCUGCAGGUCCGGGCGGGGGCGUGGGGGGAGGCAAGGGCGGAGCCAUCCCGCAGGGAAUGCGGCCCGGCGGACUAGCCACGGGUCUUCUCUCCACCAUGGUUGGCGCAAUGGCAGGGGGCGGGGCAAAACCUGUAGCAGCAGGCGCAGGGGGAGGGGCAGCUUCCGCGAAGCCCGCGGGGGGCGGGCUGCUGCGGCUGUGGCAGGGGGGAAAGCUGUACGACGCGCCGCCGUCGGGGCAAGAUCUUAGGGAGGACGAUGAUCAACUACUGGUGGUGAAUGUCGAAAUGGAUAAUCUGCCCCCGCGCGCCCCGCAAGCGGACAACCUACUCCCCCCUUCCGCGCUCCCCCCUGCUGCUGCGCCCCCAGGCGCGGUUCCGCGCCAGGGCAGUCUGGGGGCGGCGGGCUUGCCGUCUAUGGGGCUAGCAAAACAGGACAGCCUCAGAUCGGACCCGGGAACCGUGGCAGGGGCGGGCGCAUCCGGGGCGGGCGUUCCUGGGGGAGGUGUAUCCGGGGUAGGCGCAUCUGGGGCGGGGCGUACUGACAGAGACGUGACUCUACUUGAGAUGCUGGCGCACGUGGGAUCGCGGCUGUUUGAAGCCGUGGGGAGCGCGGAGGAGGGAGGAGGCGCAUCCGGGGUAGCCUCAUCCGCCGCCCAGUCUCAGGUGGGUUCUAGCGCCAGAGGGGGAGCAGGGGGGACAGCAGGCGGAGCAAGGGCAGGCGGAGGCGGAGGCGCAGGGGGAGGGGGAGGUGCGGGGGGAGCAGGGGCAGCGGGCAGUGUGGUAACAUCGGGAUUUGACACGGUGACAGAUCUGUCGGAUGCGGCGCCAGGGAGUGUGGGGAGGGGGGUGAGGAGCAGGGGCAGGGGUCUGAAUGUGCGCGAUCGAACUUUGGUGGAUCUGUUUGAGCGGCAGGUGAAGCUGGAGGAGAUUGUGGAGGAGUCCGGGAUCAUGCUCGUGCUCACGUCGCGCCACCUGGCGGACGCGCUGACGUGGAUGACGCCCCGCUCGCCACGUGGCGCCGCCGCCACGUCAGCGUCAAGUCCGCGAGCGACCAAUCAGGGAGGGCCAGAGGAGGUAGGCCAGAGGCAGGAUCAGGAGCAGGAUCAGCAGCAGCAGGAGCGGCGGCGGCGGCACCAUCUGUUGAAGCACAAGCGGGCUGGCAGCUCGGGAAGCUCAGGGAAGGCGGAUUCAAAAGGGGAGGCCGGUGUGAGCGACAGUAGAAUCAGCGAUCGGAGGACUGGAGUGGCGAUUUUCUUCCCCAGCAGCAGCAGCAUGGGUGCCGACAGCAACCACAGCAGUAAUACUUCAGGGGAGGCACGGCUGGGGAGGGCGCUGCCUGUAUGGGCGGUAGAGGAGGUGAUAGAAGGCGAGGUGGAAGAGGAGCGGGCGGAACGAGCGUUGCUGGGUGACUGGGGGCCUGGAGAUGAGGGGAUGACUGGCAGAGAGGCAGGAAGGGGGAGGGGGAGGGGCCGGGGCUGGGUGGCGGAUACGAUUGGCCGGCCACUGCCAGGUGUCCACGUGUACAUUCUCGGGCCGAACCUAGAGCUCGUCCCGAUUGGCGCGGGCGGCGAGGUGUGCAUUGCAGGGAUACACGUGGCGAGAGGGUAUUGGAAGCGGCACGGGGAGACGCGGCAGAGGUUCGUGAGCAACCCGUACGGCAUGGGAGUGCACGACAGGAAGCUGUUCCGAACGGGGGACCGGGGGAGGUGGUUACCAGACGGGUGUGUGCAGUUUUUGGGGAGGUUAGAGCAGCAGGUGUAUAUCCGAGGGUUGAGUGUGGAGCCGGUGCAAAUAGAGGAAGCGGGGAGUAAGGUGGAUGGGGUGGCGCGCUGUGUGGUUGCGUUCAGGGCGCAUGACCCGGGGAGACAGCCGUAUCUCGCUGCCUAUCUCCUGCUUAAACCUUCGCUGGCAGCGGCUGCUGCUGCUGUGGCGGCUGCAGGAGAGGCAGCGUUGGGGGGAGGGGCUGGGGGGGAAGCAGGGGCAGGGGCAGGGGUGGGGAAAGGGGCGGGGAAAGGCGGGGGGAAGGGGGUGCAGACCCCUGCUCAGCAGCUACUGGCGUCGCAGCAAUUAGCAGCAGUGAUUCCUAAGAAGGCAAGGCCGACCGCUCCCGCCUCCCUCUGCCGCCCGCGGACUCCUUUUUUGUCUCUUGUGACGAGGACGGGUCUGUGGGCGGCACGGGGUUGGGAUGCGGGCGGCGGGGAUCCGUUAGAGACGGCGGAGGAGCGGGCAGUUGCGGUGAUUUUUGCCGAGGUGCUGCCCGGGGUCGAGGCGGGCAGGUUGCGAAGGAACUCAAACUUUUUUGAGCUGGGAGGGAAUUUGUUUCUGGCAGCACAGGUGGUUGCGAGGCUGGUUGAUUCUAUCGAGAGUUCUGUUAAGGAGGGUGGGAGCAACGGGGGGGAAGGCGGCAGUGCUGCUGCUGCUGCUGCCGCUGCUGCUGCUGGUGGUGGUGGUAAUGCUGCCGCUGCUGCUGCUGGUGGUUCUGGCAGUGCUGCUGCUGUUCCUGCUGGUUCUGCAGCUGGUGGGGCAAGUGAGGGGGAUGGGGUGGGCGGAGUGGUGGGGGUGCCAUUGUCAGAGGCGCAGGUGCUGCUGUGGGUGGCGUACCAUGCUCUACCGCACCCUCAGCUGCUGGACGAGUGCCAUGUGUGGCGCCUGCAGGGUCCGGUGAACUUCCCGCGUCUGCAGCGGUCGCUGCAAGCACUGGUGGUGCGGCAUGCAGCUCUGCGCUCUCGCUUCGUUGGACCAGUCAACUUCCCUAGGCUGCAACGGUCUUUACAAGCACUGGUGGUGCGCCAUGCGGCUCUGCGCUCUCGCUUCGUGUCUGGCACACCAGCAAGCACAAGCAGUCCGGACGAGGUGGCGGUGGUGGCGGCGGCAGGGGCAGCAGCAGCAGCAGCAGCAGCAGCGGCAGCGGUUUACAAGGCGGGCGGCUCGGCGGCCGACCUCCCCGCAGUCGCCAGCUACGCCGAUUUCGCCCUGUGGGAAAAGGACAAUUUGGCAUGUGCCGGGCACAGGGAGUGGGACCUGGGGUUCUGGAAGCAGGCAGUGGGUGUACCUCCUCCAAAACUACCUCCCCAGCUGCAACCCAAGGUAGACGACAGCGGGAGCGAAGGAGGAGCGAGAACGGGCAGAGGAGGACGAGCAGCAGCAGGGGCAGGAGGAGCAGGAGGAGGAGGAGGAGGAAAAGGAGGAGGAGCAGCGGCGGCGGCGGCUGCGGCGGUGGCGGCAGGGGGAUUGGCGUUAGCGCUACGGAAAGGGCAUGUAGAGGUGCUGAUAGCAGCAAGCACGAGGAGGCGGCUUGAAACCUACGCCUUUCACCGCGGUGCCACGCUCUCCAUGGCCUUCCAAACCGUUCUGCACGCCCUGCUACACCUCUGGACCCACCAGCACUCCGUCGCGGUCGCCGUCCCCGUCGCUAGGAGACAAAUCCUGCCGCUCCAGUCGGUGAUCGGGCGGUUCUCGGAUUUGAUUCCCGUGGUGACGGAUAUGCGGAAGCAUCUGAGCCCUCCGUUGGUGGUGGCUGGACGGCUGAGAUCGUUCACUUCGUCGAUCAGUCGGGCGUCAUCGUGUGUGUCGUCUCGAUGCGUCUCCCCUUCUACUUCCCGCCAGUAUUCCGCGCUCUCCCCUCGCCUCUCUGCCUCCACUCCUGCUGCUGCUGCUGCUGCUGGAGGCGCUGUUGGGCCAGGCAAAUCGCAGGCUGCUGAUGCUGAUGGUGUGAAGCAGGGGCAGCAGGGGCAGCAGGGGCAGCAGGGGCAGGAGUUUGUUCAGGGGAGUGGGGGUAUGGGGGUUGGCACUGACGUGCUUUCACUUGCUGCGGCUGCUGUUGCCGCAGGGAAGGGGGGGAGGCGUGGGGAGGGGAGCCGGCCUGGUGGAGGGAGUGGAGGGAGUGGGGGGAGUGGGUUGGUGCAAGGGAAGCAGGCGGGAGGGGUGAAGGGGAAUGGGGCGGAUGGGGAAGGAGGAGGGAAGGGAGGGUUCAUGGGAGGAGGAAAGGGAGGGGGGAGAUGUGCAACGACCAGUGGAGGUGCGAGAGCACACCCUGCAGGCGCUGCAGCACCAGUCCAUCUCUCUCCGUCUGCUCGCCUCCGCACUGCAUCCCACCGCUCCGGACCCCUUCGCCUCCCCCUUUGCCCUCGCGUCCUUCGCCCUCACACACCCCGGCACCGAUUCCCCACCGAACUUGCUCCCCUAGAAGACUCCCUAGUGGGGGACCUAGACCUAGAAGCCUCUUCUGCUGCUGCUGGCUGCUGGGUUUGGUGCGCUGGUGCUGCUGGUGCUUUGGGUGGUGCUGCUGGUGGUCUUAGUGUCCGUUGUUAUGUAGGGUAUCUGGCAAGAGGCACGGCGCAGAGGGGUCACAAGAUGGACAUGUUCUUCUCUCCUGCCCUUCUGUCCCUCCGCUCCCUCCCCUUACUCCACCCACCCACCCACCCAUCCACACCCGCCCACCCCGCCCACCCCGCCCACCCCGCCACCCUGCCCACCCCGCCAUCCCAGGUGGAUGCAGUGCCUAGAAGUAUCGCAGAGGUGGAUGCAGUGCCUAGAAGCAUGGCAGAGGUGCUAGCGAGGCAGAUAGAGCGGCUGGCAGAGGCAGCAGUGGAGUCACCUCGACCCUUGCUGCUGGAUGAAGCCACUGCCAGAGCGCUCAAGCAGGCGCGGAGGCGAGGGGGCGGGGUGGAUGGGGGGAAAGGGAGUGGCGGAGGGGGUGGGGGUGGGGGGAUGGUGGGGCCGAUAGGGUGCAUGCCGUUGUGUAUAGGCCGCGAUAGGCGGGUGCUAGUGAGGCAGGGGUCAUCGGAUUCGGAUGAGUCUGAUGUGAGCGUUUGA